AUGCGCGCUGCAACAGCCUUCCUGGCACUACUCUGCAUCCAGGUAUUUUAUUAUUGGGUCCCAAGGUGGCAGACCGGCAGUGAACUGGUGUCUUUGAGUUCGUACGGAACCAUAUAUCAGCGCCCGAGCGCCGCAGCUGACUGCUAUCAGGGUACGGUGAACAAUAGCGCGGGCGGCAGUACGUGCACAUGUAACAGCGGCUGGUACACCGUACCGGAGAAUGCUCCGGUGCAGUGUGCGUGCAACCUAAACUGUGACCUAGAGGGUACCAAGUCAUGCAAUCGGUCAUUGCAAGUUUGCUUUUGUAAGGACGGGUACGGUACCGCGCCCAACCAGAACCCAAAGAAUCGAGUCUAUUGCAAUGUGAAGUAUCCCAGUACGAACUCGAGCUCGAAUGGAGGCGGGGCGACCUCCCCUGCAAACUCCACUGGAGGCGGCGGAUUCAAUCUAUCCGGUAUCAGUCUUCCCACGAUUCUGCUGGCCCUUGUUUGUUUGGGAAUCGGAGCUGCAAUUUUUGCUUUCUGUUGCUGCUUAUGUUGGCCAUUCGUGGCCCGAGCGCGAAUGUAUUAA